AUCAAUUUCAAUAUUUGUUAGUGACGUUACGAGUUAUUUUAAGGCCCCUAAAUCACGUGUUUGAUGCUAGUGGUUGUAUGGAUAACAUAAUAUUAUUUACUGUAGGUUCAACAAUAGGUUUAAAAUGUUCUGUCUAGAAGUCUCAAUAUCGACCGUGUUAUUGACCGAACUCGAGGUCAAUAUCACUAGAUAGUCGCCAAGUAUUUCAAGAUAAUGAAAUGAUAUUCCCAGAACAAUACGAGACAAGCUUUUGGAAAAAUGUCGAAUGAAAAAAAAUUUUGCGCAUGAGCUAGUUAAGAGAUUGUGAAAUUGGCGCACGAGAAAUUCAAUUUGAUUAUCAAUCAACCAAUCCGAAAUGCCUAAAAAAGUCGGCAAAAUAUUCAAUUAGCUGAGGCGAGGCGCCGUACAGACUUCGGACCUGACGGCAAUUAAGGGCGAUCCACCCUCGAUGUACGGAUUAUAUGCAGGGUAAUGUUCUAGUCCGAAGGCUUUUGGAAUCUCGCGGGUAACCCCGAUGGAUGUUAUUGCGUAAGACUUCACUAACCGUUGACCUCAAACCCUUGAUCCCUCAUUUGAUCAAGUCCAAUACUCGCCAUUCAAUAUUAAAUUGUUUGGUCGAGGUGAAGAGUUUUACUUCCGCUUGCUUGCACAAGCGUCGACGCGUACCUCGCUUGGCGGGAAAACCAACAAGCAAGAAUAAGGAUGUGACGUAACAAAUCAACCUGUUUUAAGUACACGACGAACGGGUUCCUUCUCCUGGUAGUGUGAAGAAAACACAAUAACUUAUUCAUAGAGAGAAAGAGAAAAUCUUCACGACGAAAAAAUGAUUGAUUCUUGAUUCAAUUUAUGGUACAGAAGAAUGCAAACAUGAGUAUUAAUUUGCCAGUUAGUUCAACAAAAUGAAGCUCUUGUCCAAAGCUUUUCUUGUAGUAUUAGUGGAGCUGACACUGUUUGUUGUCGACCACCAAGCUCCAGUUCUAUAUGUCUGGCACAUGCCUAACCCAGACGUUCGCGAGGUUGGUAAACUAGAAACUAAACGUUCUGAAGACAGCGAUGACAGUACCGUGUUUCCAUGGAAACGAAGCGCCUUUCGCAAACCAGACUUCAUUUUCCCCAGGCCUUCUCCGCCACAACAAGAGAAUAAAAGAGAUAUCAGUCUUGAGGAUAUCUUGAUAGAAGAGGACAAGAAACAAAGAUCUGGUGGGAGUGAUAGAGCAAGGAAUAUUGUACACUUAAAGAAGGGAGAACACAAGGUUAAGAAAGCUGAAAAACCUAGCUGGCCCGCGGGUACAUACGGGUUACCAAGACCUAUCACGGGAUGUCCCUCGAGUUCGGGAUUUAAAUGGGAAACAGGUUUUCGUUUCCAUGACACUGAAGACGAUUUAACAGAAAACCAACGCUCUGAUAGCUAUCAUUUGGCGGGGAAAGUCAGUGACGAUGGAAUCAGACAAGAGUUUUGCAUGAAGACAAACCCACAUGGCCAUGGAAAAUGGCCUGAUGGAAAAUACUGUAUAUACAAAAAGGGCCCGCGAUGUCCUGAUGGCAUGGAAAGCGGUUUCGUCAUCUGGGAUGACGAGAACAAGGAUAAUCAAAACUCUGCCGGUGGUUCCCUCCCUGAGGGUCGAUAUGGCGAAGACACUAAGAUCGAGUACUGUUGCAGUACAUCUGGGGACUGGGACCAACAGAUCGUUUUGCCUACGGAUCGGCCAUUUUACUUGUUCUCGUAUAUAUCGAAUAAAUGUCAAAAGGUGAUUGGUAUGAAAGGGGUAUCAGAAUUUAUCAAGUAUGAUGAUGAAGAUCGUGGUAACAUUGACUACGAGGGUGGUGAAUACCCGUAUGGAAUACACAAAGGAGAAAAAGAUCACAUGAUCUUUCUGUGUUACUACACGCCAAUCGGCAAAACCUUUGAUGACACCGUUAAAGCCGAGGCAAUUUCAACAAUAAAGAAAACAAAACACAACAAAAAGCAAGAUGCAGAAAAUAAACAAAAGAAAAUUGAUAAACUUGAAGAGAUGGAGAAAUUAAGAAGUUCAGAGAAAAUGAUGGACGCUUUUCUAGCAGUGACGGCUCCACACAGAGAAGAAACAGAUAAAAGUGAAAGAACAAAGACUAUUAUAAAGACUAUUAGGGUUCCUGAGCGUGUUAAGGACCGCACGAUGUCAAUCAUAGCUACGUCAAUGGGAAUCAUCCUAGGUGCAAUAUUACUAGGUUCAGUCGUCCUUGUCAUGAUUCUACGUCAUGCGAAGCGAAGGCAAGAAGAAUCCAACAUGGCGGACACCCUUGACGAACAGGCUCUUACCUUCACGAAUUCUUCACGAAGAUCAAGCUUUGCAACUUCGGAUGAUGAACUCGAUAUUAUUACGGAAGGAGACUAUGAAGACGAACUCGUUGAAGAUCAGUACUUGCCAUCUGACUCUGAGCUUAAGUCUGGGUUGGAACUCAUGUUCCUAAAACAGCAAAGACACUAUUGGACCAAAAAUAGGAGACCCUCAUCGUAAAAGAAUUUUUCUACCACAGAGAUUCAUUUGCCUUGUUCUCUCUAAAAUGUACUCAAUGCGCAUGCGCACAAAUUAUUUUUACUGCGCAUGCUCACAAAAAAAUCGAGCCCACACUGUUUUUGGUCAGCAGAUGGGAAAUUUCUAGUAAGUUCACAACUAGAACAAAUUGUAAAUGUAUUAUAAAUAGCAUGCGAUUAAUAAUAGAUAGAAUAGAAUAGAAUUCUCUUUGGUCGACAUUUGGAACAGAUAAUGAGAUUCAAAGGCAUUUAUCAGCUGAUUAAAACCCGUCAAAAGAAAGAUACUUAUUUUUAGUGACUGAUACAAAGUAUCGAGUGCAACUAUCUCUCUUACGUUAUAGAAAUAUACAUUCUAUAUUUAUAUAAAUUUUGUAAUAAACAGUGUAAAAAA